AUGAAGUGGACUGUGGUGUGGUUGUGUUUCUUCAGCAUUGCUGGUGCUACUGAAGCCAAGCGGGCUGACAACCAUGUCAACAACAUCUGCAGCACUUGGGGCAGGCAGCACUUUAAGACCUUUGAUGGUGAUGUCUUCCAGUUUCCUGGCCUGUGUGAGUACAACCUGGUCAAAGACUGCCGCAAGUCCGAGAAUAAGUUUUCUGUGCACAUUAGACGAGAAGAAAAUGAUGGAAAUAUUACAAUAAGUUAUGUUGUGGUCACCAUCUCUGAAAAUACAUUCACCCUAACCAAGACUGAGGUCGCUGAAAACGAGAAUCCAGUCACUCUGCCGCACUACAGUGGCGGAGUAAAGGUGGAAGAAAGUACAUUUUACAUCAGGCUUCGAGCGACCAAAGUCGGCAUUAUAGUCAUGUGGAACCGUGAAGACGCAGUCAUGGUGGAAGUUUCAAACAGAUACCAGAACCAAACUUGUGGCCUUUGUGGAGAUUUCAACGGCGUUCCUGUCUAUGAUGAGUUCAUGGAUAAUGUCUGUGCUCAAACGUUUUAUAUAUUUCAGGAUGGAGUAAGUCCAAACUUUACUAUUCGGGCCCAUUUGGAUCAGUGUGCACAAAAAAGAGCUGAUAUUUGUCUAAAGGCUCUUAAAAUCCAUCUGGGCACAGAUAAUGUAUUAAUGUUUACAUCUGAGGGAAAAGUUCAACAGAAUAUGGAGGACAUCAGUUUGCCAUAUUACUCAGGGGACAUCAGAAUAUUUCAUGCUUCAUCCUUUCAUAUCUUGCUCAACGCCAAGUUUGGCCUCCAAAUUCAGAUCCAGCGUGUUCCUGUGAUGCAAGUCUACAUCAGUCUGGAAAGCAGCUACAAAGAAAAGACAAGUGGUUUAUGUGGAAACUACAACAUGGCUUUGAAUGAUGACAUGACGUCUCCUCAAGGGAGCCAAGAAGGAACUGCAGUGACAUUUGGUAACUCGUGGAAGGCCGACCACACAUGCCCAGAUGCAGGCAGAAUACUUUCAGACCCCUGUUCCAUCAGCAUGGAAAUUGAGAAUUAUGCCAGACACUGGUGCGAAAUGCUCAGAAAUCCAAAUGGUACAUUUGCAAAUUGCCAUUCAGAGGUGAAUCCUGAAUAUUACUACAAGCGCUGCCUUUACUCCACCUGCAGCUGUGAGAAAAGCGAGGACUGCUUAUGUGCUGUCUUCACCUCUUAUGGUCGAGCUUGUGCAGCAAAGGGAAAGUUUGUGACAGAUUUUGGAGACCAAUGUGAGAAACACACAAAGAGCUGUCCAUCAACUCAGAUCUUCACUUACAAUCACCGGAGAUGCCAGCUGACUUGUAGUUCACUGAGCACAGAUCAGCGGAGCUGCACUUCACAUUUCUUGCCUGUGGUUGGCUGUUUCUGCCCUGAUGGUCUCUAUCUGAAUGAAAAAGACACUUGUGUACCCAAAGAAGAAUGUUCCUGUUCCCAUAAUGAAGAUUACAUUGAAGCAGGAAAGUCUGUCAACUUCAAAUCUGAGCACUGGUGA